UGGAUGCUGAGGUUUCUUAUCAAGACAGAGCCAUGUCCCUCACCUACGUCUUCUCUGACGACUACUUUGACCAAAAUUACACAUUCGACUUGAAUCGAAACACAAUACCAUGUAAUCCAAAGCCUCUGGAUGCUACGGCUGGGGCGAUCUCGUCUCUGAUCCUCAUAGUGAACUUUUUACUGGCGAUCCCGGGUAACUUGCUGGUAGGAUGGGUGAUCAGCUCCAGCAGACAGGUUUUGACUUCAUCAGAUGUCUACUUGUUCCACCUGACCGUAGCAGAUGGACUCCUGGCCCUGACGCUCCCAUUUUUUGCAGUCGCGCUGGUUUGGGGAUGGCUCUUUGGCGACUUCAUGUGCAAGUUCCUCAACCUGGUCAUAGAAGCAAAUUUCUACACCAGUAUAAUCUUCCUGGCUUGCAUCAGCGUCGAUCGGUACCUUGUGAUUGUGCACGCCAAUGAGACCCACGGGACUAAACAGCGGAAGUGCAGCAGGAUCCUGUGUGCGGCGGUCUGGGCCCUCGGUUGGGGCCUCGCUUUGCCUGCCCUUUUCCACGACGCCUUCAAGCUUGACGAGGACUCCGAGAGGUUCAUUUGCGCAGAACGCUUUGACAUUGGCAGCGUCACCAGUUGGAGAAUCGCCACUCGUGGGUUUCGACACAUUUUCGGCUUUCUGAUCCCGCUGGCCGUCAUGGUGGCGUGCUACGGCGUCACCAUUGCCAGGCUGUUGAACACUCGCGGUUUCCGGAAGCACCGGGCCAUGCGGGUGAUCAUAGCCGUGGUGAUCGCCUUCCUCCUGUGCUGGGCGCCGUACCAUAUAACCAUGAUGAUCGACACGCUGAUCAGAACCGACCUGAUAUGGUUCGACUGCGGCUUCAGGAGGUCGGUGACCUUAGCCCUGGACGUAACCAACACCCUGGCUCUUCUGCACAGCUCCAUAAACCCGUUCCUAUACGCCUUUGUGGGAGAGAAGUUCAGAAAGAAAAUGAAGGACCUCGUGCAGAAGAAAUUCAGACAGGAGAGGUUGUCAGGGUCAAAGGUCAGCCGGUCAACCUCUCAGACCUCGGAGGGACCUGGAACAAUUCUCUGAUGCGUUUGAGGUCUUAAACUUAGAUUUGUACUGCUUGUAUGCUGAUAGGAAUCAACAAACAUGGAGACGUGUCCAAAUCUGUCACAAAAAAGUAAAUAAAUAAAUUAGAUCCACAUUAGGACUUAUCAUUGUUUUUUUAUUUGUUUGUUUUGUUUUGUUUGGCAAUAAAAGACAAUAGAUAAUUAAGUUAUUUUCAAUGGUUGGACUUCUUGUACUCCUCUUAGAUAUGACACAUUGCUGCCAUCUACUGAAACUUGUCAUGUUCCUCCUAUGUCACCUCAUUUCAUUGAGCAGUAGCAGAUUUUAGGAUAUAUUUAAGAAAGUAAAGUACGGUUAAAUCCCUUAAAAGUAUAAUUUUACCACAUUUACAAUUGCAGUGUAAAGUUUCAACUUUUAUCUUUCUUCUUUGUGAAUAAAGACAAUGCUGAAUGUGUGCUUUCAUAUGCAAAUACCUAAAAAAAAAUCUAUCCAAACUUGUUAUGGU